AUGUCAACACAUGCAAAUCACCCCUUUCAUUUAGUAGAUUAUAGCCCUUGACCAUUAACAGGAGCAAUUGGAACUAUAACUACUGUAUCUGGAUUAGUACAAUGAUUUCAUCAAUACACAAUAACAUUAUUUAUCUUAGGAAAUAUUAUUACAAUUUUAACUAUAUAUCAAUGAUGACGAGACAUUUCUCGAGAAGGAACAUUUCAAGGACUACAUACAUUUCAAGUUACUAUUGGAUUACGAUGAGGAAUAAUUUUAUUUAUUGUUUCUGAAGUAUUUUUCUUUAUUUCAUUUUUUUGAGCUUUUUUUCAUAGUAGAUUAUCUCCAACUGUAGAAUUAGGAAUAACAUGACCUCCAGUAGGAAUUAUUGCUUUUAAUCCUUUUCAAAUCCCUUUAUUAAAUACUGCAAUUCUUUUAGCUUCAGGAGUAACAGUUACAUGAGCCCAUCAUGCACUUAUAGAAAAUAAUCAUUCACAAGCAACUCAAAGUUUAUUUUUUACAAUUAUUUUAGGAGUUUAUUUUUCUAUUCUUCAAGCAUAUGAAUAUAUUGAAGCACCAUUUACUAUUGCAGACGCAGUAUAUGGAUCAACAUUUUUUAUAGCAACAGGAUUUCAUGGAUUACAUGUAUUAAUUGGAACAACUUUUUUAUUAAUUUGCUUUCUUCGACAUAUUAAUUAUCAUUUUUCUAAAAACCAUCACUUUGGAUUUGAAGCUGCUGCUUGAUAUUGACAUUUUGUUGAUGUAGUUUGAUUAUUUUUAUAUAUUUCUAUUUAUUGAUGAGGUAGAUA